GACCUGGAGACCGUCGUCUGCAAGUCCUUCAAUCUGGAAGGACUCUUCAACCUGAUCCAGCAGAAGAUCGAGCUGCCGGUGACGGAGAACGUCCAGACCAUCCCCCCGCCCUACGUGGUCCGGACCAUCCUGGUGUUCGGGCGCCCCGGGUGCCAACCCCAGUUCUCCAUGUCCGAGCACAUGAAGAAGAUGCUGCAGUGCCCCUACUUCUUCUUCGACGUGGUUUACAUCCACAACGGCCUGGAGGAGAAGGAGGAGGAGACGAGCUGGAAGGAGAUGUACGGCUUCUUCAGCAGCCUGGACACCAAGGGCACCAACUACAAGUACGAGGUGCCGCUGACGGGGCCGGCGGUGGAGCUGCACAACUGCAUGGCCAAGCUGCUGGCACACCCCCUGCAGCGCCCCUUCCAGAGCCACGCGGCCUACGGGCUGCUCGAGGAGGACGAGCCCCCCGAGGUCGAGGCCACCGUCUGA